AUGGAGGACGAGGACGGCUACCUGGUCUUAGACCCAUGGGGCAAGUGGAAGUGCCCGCCCCGGCAGGGUGCAGCGGCAGGAUCUGGCUUUCAAGGAUCCCAGAGGGUCCCCGCAGCAUCCCCGCGCUGUCCCCGCCGCCUCCUCGAGGCCCUGACGGCCACCCUGGCGCUGUCCCUCGUGCUCUGCCUCUCCUGGUGGGCGGCACAGCGGUGGCAGUCCAAGGGAACGGCAGGUUAUGGGAACGCCUCGCUGGGAACUGCCUUUUCGGGCUGGGAUGACAUCGUCAGGGAGCUGCGGAGGAUCCUGUGCCCGCCCCGAGAGAGAGAUGGAUGCCGGCUCUGCGCCGUGGGCUGGAGGCUGAUCGGGACCAAGUGCUACUGGAUUUCCGACGGGAUGAACCCUUGGAGCAAGAGCCGGGAGGACUGCGGGAAUCGGGGCUCCACGCUGCUGGUGCCGUGGGACCAGGAUGAGAUGGAAUUCCUAAAUGAAAGUCUGCAGAAACCCACACGGCACUUCUGGAUCGGCCUCUCAGUGCCUGUGGCCGGGACGGGCUGGAUGUGGGAGAACAGCUCCAACCUCGACGAGGAGCGGCUCCAGCUGGACCUCAGGAAGCGAGGACCUGGAGCCUGUGGAACGCUCAAGGGGAACGGGAUCGUCUCUCAGAGCUGCGACACGAGGCUGCAGUGGAUCUGCAAGAGAGAAUCUGCCGAGAUCUGA